UAAUUAUUUUUCUUUCAGGAUGUGUAAAAUUGAAUACAGAAACAACAUGGAAUUUUCUUUUCACCUUCUGAUACUUCUACUGUUAAUACCAUUUACACUUAGUGAUAGAUAUGCACGAGAAGAACUUGGUAUAUCAGAUAGACUUAGAUUUACCAGCGGAGUUCACCGCUUUUACAACUGCACAGUAAGUUCAAGUGGCUACUUAUCGUCUAAUCUUAAAAUUGGAAUUUUUAUACAUAAUUAUAAGCCACAAUUACAAUUCUACAUAAACGACACUGGCACAUAUGAAGUGACUACGGAAAGAGUAGAAGAUUUUUAUUUUGCAUACAUAAAAGCAAAGAAGAAAGUUGACAAGAGUAAUAAUCGCAUAAGAUUAACAGCAAAAAAUAAAAUUGAUGGUGUUCUUAUUGACGAGACACUUUUAAAAAUACAAACGGUAGCCAAUUUGUCUGCACCGGUAUUUUUAAAUAGUUCAAACACCAUAAUUGAUAUCAAAGACAAUUUAUUUGUUGGUAGUGUACUAGGAAAGCUUGUUGUGGAUGAAGAUAUACGACAGGUUAUUUUUGCAAUGUCUGCAAAGUAUGUUUCACUGGUCAGUGAGUUUAGUAUCACUGUGGAUGGUAGAAUCUUAUUAUCAAAAAUUGUUAGUGCCAAAUCAAAAAACUUUUACAAAUUUAAGGUGGAUGCUUAUUCUGUUAAUUCUCAAUUUUCCGCUUCAGUAUUGGUAAAGAUUAAUGUGCUGCAAGGAAGUAAACAUAUUGAUCCAUACCGAAAUCUAUUACCAGUGAAACCAGAGAAACCACAACCAUCAUUUAAGCCACUAUUUCAACUAAAGAAAAAAUUUGAUUUCUCAUUUAAUGAGCUUGCGCCAACUUCGACAAUAAUAGGUAGUAUUAAAGAUAAGAAACAUGAUUUAACUUAUUUUUUCAUUGGGGACACUUAUAGCAAUAUAUUUGUUUUAAAUAAAAUUAAUGGUUUUAUUUCAAUCAAAGAUUCUAGCAAGAUAGACUAUGAGAACAGACAUAUUUACAAGUUGUCAGCAGUUGGAAAGUAUAAGAAUAUUGUUGUUUUCAAUGCUACCAUAAAUUUACAUGUGCAAGAUGCUAACGACAAUUCCCCACAGUUUACUAAACAGGAUUUGUAUGUUCGAAUUGAUGAAGAUCUUUCAAUUGGCUCAAUCGUUACAAAACUACAUGCAUCUGACAGGGAUAGUGGAGAUAAUGGAAAAGUCAGUUUUGUUUUAGCUAACAAGAACAAAUUGCCAUUUUACAUUGAUGGUGACACAAUUAAAGUGCAACAAAACAUUGAUCUCAUUUCCAUGGGACAUAUCAUAGUUUUGCAUGUGAAAGCUGUUGAUUGGGGAACUCAACUUCGAAGAGAAAGCGAAACAAGUGUUACCAUUGAAAUCAAACCAGUGAACACCCAUAGACCUGUCAUAAAACAAACCCAAUGUAACAUUACUCUGUCCUACAAUACUUUAUCUACAUAUAUCAUUAAGUUUAAUGCAGUUGAUGAAGACAUAUAUGAUAAGUUGGUGUUUAGAUUGCUGACUAAAAGCACACUCUACACACUAAAUGCUACCACUGGGACAUUAAAAAUUGCAGAUGUGAAUAAAGUUCAAGAACACCAAUCCAGAGUAGUCCUCCGACUUGUAGCAUAUGAUGGUGUGCAUUCUUCUGACGAAAGCAUGGUUGUCAUUGAUUUGAAGUCAGAGUCUUCAAUUAAAUGCUUGGACAGUAAUGAAUACGACCGUGUCAGAACAUUGCUUCAAAAGAAAAAAACAGAGGUAGUAGCAACUAGAGAGCCAACUAAAUCAUGCCAACCUUAUGGUCUCAUCAAAUUUUCAAAACAAACAUUAAAACAAACAUCCAUAAUAUUACCAGAGGAUGCACCAUUAAAUACCAUACUUGGGCACUACGAAGCUGUAAAUUCCAACAUUAAUUGUUAUGGCCUGAUUAUGUAUACCAUAGUAAGUGGUAAUAAUGGACAAUUUCAAAUUGAUUUGUUUAAUGGAACUCUGUAUGUAUAUGAUCAAUUGGAUCGAGAAAUAGAAUACUUUUAUAAUUUGAAAAUAAAAGCUACCAAUAUUUACAACCAAUCUGCCAUUUUAAAUGUUCAUGUUACUAUUCUUGAUGUAAAUGAUAAUGCUCCUGUAUUUACCAAUAGCGGAUAUUAUAAAUUUGAAAACUUGCUUGAUGUGAAAGGUGCAAUUAAAGUUUCUGCUACAGAUCCAGAUUUAGGAUCUAAUGGAGAGGUGAAAUAUUCACUUAUGAAUCCAUCCAAAAUCAUCAGCAUUGAUGAAAAAUCAGGAGUUUUACACCUUCUGACAUCUACUGAUAAAUUGUGGUACCCAGAAUAUAUAUUUGAAAUCAAAGCAUCUGAUAAAUCACAAGAUAAUCAAUUAUGUGGGUAUGCCAUUGUGCAUUUGGUAAUUAAUGGAAAAACUAAAGGCCAUCCAUUGUGUUUAGCAGACAAGCAACAAAUUGAAGUGCCAAUAAACAGCCCUGUUGGGGUCAUUGUAGGAAGGGUAUUUGGUUAUAACACUGGUUUUGGCAACCUGGAUAAUGUGACAUAUUCAAUCCUACAAAAUUCAAAACUAACUCACUUUCAUGACUACUUUCAAUUAGACAGUGUGACAGGUUUGAUUAUGUUGAAAAAAGUGUUAUCCCAAAAAGACAAAGGUUUUGUUUUCAGUAUGCAAGUUAAAGUUCACAUUGGUAGUUCAUUUAUUUUAUGUCAUGUAUACAAGAUUAUUGUGGAUACUUAUGGAACAACAAAACCCAAAUUUACUGACAGUGAAUUAAGAAUUAUAUCGUUACCUGAAGAUGUUGAUAAAGGAGCACUAGUGGCAAAAUUAUUUGCAACACUGACUGGCACGAAAGCUACAGAUCAAAUAAAAUAUGAACUGGUAGAUGGCAGUGGCAUUGGUAUGUUUUCAGUUGCAAAAUCAUUUGGAAACAUAUAUGUUGCAAACAAUGAGUUUACCAAACCAUUUUAUUGGUUGACAGUGCAAGCGUAUGUCAGACAGAAUAUUUACACAAAUACUCAUGUCCUCAUCAAAAUUAAAUCUUCUAAGGAAAGAAAACCAUUUUUCAGUCCAAGUGUGUACCACAUUGCCUUAGACCAAUCUGAAGAGAAAAAUCGUCGUGUUGUGCAAUUAUUUGCUUCAGAUGGAAAACAAGGUUUUAUUAGUGAUGGUUUAAAAUAUUCCAUAUAUGCAGGAAAUGAUAAUAAAUACUUUAAAAUUGAUAACACUGGAACCAUUUAUUCGCAGCAAAAAAUAAAUGUAGGCUUGUACAAGCUUAAUGUGACUGUCUCCAGCAAACUAAACUCAACUUUAAUAUCCCAUGGAUAUGUACAAAUAAAUGUUUAUAACAAGAAUUUAAAACCACCACAAUUUACUGAGUCAAUGAUCAUUGUGAAUGUUUUCGAGACAAAAGGCAGUUUGCAUCCACCUUUUCUUUUUCAGUCAUUAGCUCUAGAUGAAAACAAAUUGAAAGACAAUAAAUUACGUUAUGAGAUAUUGUUCUCAACAAAAUUCACAAUAGACUCCAAGACUGCUGUUGUAAAGACUAAUCAAGACUUCAGUGUUGGGGACUUUGAAUAUUUCAAUGUUCAAGCAAGAAAUUCUGCUAACCAAACUGCUAGUAUAGGCUACUCUGUACAGUUCGUCUCAAGACCUUUAGCACCAACAAAUCUGUCAUUUAAAAAGCCAAACUACCUCUUAAAGAUGAAAGAAAAUGUUAUCAAUGUUCCUGUUGUUGUUCUUACCCAAGAAGUCAACAAAAAUUCGUCUGGACCAGUUUUCUUUUACAUUAUAUCUGGAAACGAAUGGCUUAACUUUGCUAUUUUACCAGGCAGUUCCACAUUGACUGUCACGAAGCCGUUAGAUUACGAAUGGAAAUCAGUUCAUUCACUAAAGGUGCUAGCCUUCGAUGGUCUUGUUUUUGCAACAACAGAAAUAAAUAUUCAUGUUGAAAAUUUAAACGACAAUUUGUUGACAGUUUCACAACCCUGCUUCGAGGCCAGAAUAUACGAAAAUACAAAGUCUGAAAAAAGCCUUAUAACCAUAAAAGUUACUGACCCUGAUGGAAUGGAUGAGGGUUUUAGUUAUAUUUUAAUUAAUGAUGUUGAAAAGAAUUCGCCAUUUGCUGUAUCUAAAAAUGGUAUAAUAUCUGUUAAACCUGGCAUAACUUUUGAUCGAGAAGAACAAGAAGAACAUAUUAUGACAGUGGUAGCUGGAUCAGAGAAAGAAAAUGCAACAUAUUGCGUCAAAAUUGUAAUUGAGGAUAUGAAUGAUCAUGCACCUAAUUUUACUGAAGCAUUAUACACAGUUUCUGUGUUGGACUCAACGAGUGUUGGCUCAUCAAUUAUGGCAGUUUAUGCUACCGACAAGGAUAGUGGAUUAAAUGCUGAUUUAUCAUACAGUCUAUCUGAUGUGUCUGACCAUUUUGGAAUUAAUCCAAAAAGUGGUGUGCUUUAUGUAAAGAAUAAUUUGACAAACUUGCUUGAAAAUAAGUUUGUUUUGAAUGUAGCUGUAAAAGAUAAUGGAAAACCAUCAUUUUCUUCCUACACCAAAGUGAAGAUAAAUGUCAUUGCUGAUUUGCAAAGUUUGCAAUUUAAGCAACCCUAUUAUGAUGUGUAUGUUAGUGAGAAUGUCCGUGUUGGUUCGUUAGUCAGUCAAAAGAUUAAUAUAAAUGUUUCAUUGGUAAAUUAUGAAAUUCAAAGUCUUGGUGAUUCCUGCUAUAUUGAUUUUUGGAUCGAUCCUUUUACUGGUACCAUCUUAACUGCAUCUGUGUUUGAUGCCGAAAAAAUCAGAAACUGCUCUUUUAUGGUGCAUGGCAUAUUGCAUGGAGAAAUCAUCUCUUCAACUGAAGUGUUUGUGACUAUUGUUGAUAUGAACGACAACAAGCCAGUCUUUUUAGAUGUCAGUUACAACGGUACAAUAAAAGAAGGCCAAAAAAGUUACUCUAAAAUCAUGACUAUUAAUAACGAAGCUUUGGUAGUUAGAGCUACAGAUGUUGAUGUGGGAGACAAUGGACUUGUAAAAUACUCUUUUGUUGAAGAAACAGUCAGAAUUUAUUUUCACAUAAAUAAAGAUACUGGUGAAAUCCUUUCCAAUAUGGUACUUGAUUAUGAAAGACAUCCUCAUUCAUUUAAUUUCCAUGUAAAAGCAUCAGACCAAGGUUUUCCUGCAAACUCAAAAAUUGUACCAGUCACAGUGCAUCUAACCAACAUCAAUGAUAAAAUGCCAGAGUUUCAUAGGAUUAACACAAUUUCCAUUUUAAGGCCUGUAUAUAAUGGAACCAUAGUUGCGACUGUGAUAGCAAAGGAUAGUGACAUGUUGAGUAAAUCACAAUUGGUAUACAGUUUGGAAAGUGAUGCAUUUGACAUUCAACCACUAACAGGAGUGGUAUUUGUGAAGGAGCCAUCUUAUUUAAAAAAUCGAGAAGUUAUCACUGCGCAGGUUUCGGUUAGUGAUGGCGUAUUUAGCAAUAGAGAUGUCAUGCGAUUUCAAUUAAGUACUUACCAGCACAAUCCAAAUUUUUAUUUUGUUUAUGGAACGACAUUGGCAAGUAUCCCAGAGAACACCAACGUUGAGACCACUGUUAAAGCAGUAAAUCCUGUCGGAUACAGUGCUGGCGAAGCUUUGCAAUUUCAAAUACUUAACCCAAAUAGUUUAUUUACUAUUGGGAAGAAGUCUGGUGUUUUAAAAACAAAACCGGAAGCUAUAUUCGAUCGCGAGAGUAAAGAAUAUUUUCUUAUUUAUGUGGAAGUAUGUAAACCGCUGCAUCCAAGCAUUGUGGCAAGAACUACAGUCAAUGUAACCAUUACUGACAAAAAUGACAACCCACCUGUGUUUUCAAGAAGCAAAUAUUACAAAGCCAUAGAUGUCGAUACUUUGAAAGGCACAAAAUUGAUUUCUGUUGUUGCUACUGAUGCAGACAUGGAUGAGAAUGGGAGAAUUAGAUACGAAAUUGCUUCCGGUAAUCAAGAAUAUUUUGAAUGCAAUUCAGAAACUGGUGCCAUAUUCCUUAAAAAGAAGUUUCUCAAAAGUCACAACCCCAAAUAUUACCUGACAAUUAGAGCUUCUGACAAUGGCAGUCUCGUUCUAACUUCAGUUUGUACUGUAGAACUUCAAAUUAUAAACGAGGACCAACCAAUGUUUACCAACAACUAUAAUGCCCUUGUGUCAGAGGAUGCACAACCAGCUGAGCAUGUCAUACAAAUUGAGGCUAGAGGACACAAUCAGCGUCAAGUGUAUUAUCAAAUUGUGGGGGGAGAUGAAUACGAAGUUUUUAAUUUGGGCUUCACCUCAGGAAACCUUUCUGUUUCUGGUCAGCUUAAUUAUACGCGUGACGCAUGUUACCGUUUGGCUGUGAAGGCUAUUGACAGUUUGACAGGUUCUUGGUCUGAAGCUGAAUGUGACGUUACUGUCGUUGACACAAACGACAACACUCCAAUGUUUGUGCAAACAGCUUACUUUGCUACCAUUUUAGAAGAUUCUGUAAUAGGUCACAUGGUCCUGCAGGUUAAAGCAGUUGAUGCAGAUGUUGGUUCCAAUGCAAAAGUCACUUACUCACUUUCUGCUCAAAGGGAUAAAUCUCUGGAGAAGUUUUCCAUCGACGCAACUAGUGGUAAAAUAACAUUGACAUCAAUGCUUGACUCUGAGCGUGAAGCUUCACAUUUGCUUUACAUCACUGCAACAGAUCAAGGUGUACCAGCAAAGUCUAGCUUCACCACUGUCAGUGUUUACGUAGCUGAUGUAAAUGACAACCACCCUGUUUUUUUGCAAUCAAAUUAUAAAUUUUUCGUUGAUGUUUACUCCGGCAAAGAAAAACAAUUCGUUGGAGUGGUGCGCGGCUUAGAUGCUGACGUCAGUAGUGAAUUAACUUACCAAUUGACCGCACCAUCACUAGUCGUAGGAAUAGAAUCAAAGUCUGGUGUUUUGUAUCUCCGUAAAAAGCCGACUCCUGAAUCAGUUAUUGAAUUGAAAGUUAGUGUCAGUGACUCAAAGUAUGCAGCGUUUGCAUCUGUAGAAAUUAGGGUCAGUGCAAUGAAUGACAACAAACCAGUGUUUUGCAAAAAAGAAUAUGCUUUCGUCGAUGAGACGGACAGCAGGAAGAAGCAAAAAAUCUUUUCCCUAGGUGCUGCAGACAAAGAUAAAGGGAAAUUUGGAAAAAUAACAUAUCAAAUAGAUUCUUUAAAUGCAAAAAAGUAUUUUUCAGUUGAUGAAAAUGGUUAUGUGUUCACCAAUGGUUUAACUUUUGACCGCGAGCAAAAAGGUCGAUAUGACUUACCUAUACGUGCAACGGAUGAAGGUGGAAGAUUUUCCUUAUGUGAAUUGAUUGUGAAAGUCAAAGAUGAAAAUGACAAUGUACCUGUAUUUGAAUAUCCCUUCUAUGAGGCAAAUGUUUUGACGUCACAAAUUUCAGCUGAUUCUUUACUACACGUCGUUGCGCAUGAUGCAGAUGAAGGUAGCAAUGCAGAGUUAAACUAUAUGCCGCAUGGGUUAGGAGAAGAGAAAACUACUCCAAUUGUUGUUGAUGAAAAAACAGGGUUGGUUUCACUAGCCGGUUCUCCAAAAGGUGCCAUGUACCAGUUUUCUGUACGAGCUUCUGACAAUGGCUAUCCUGUGCAACAGUCAAAACACACCAAUGUAAAAAUUGUCGUCAAAAGAUGGAACUAUAAAUUGCUUGCUUUUACUAACGACUCUUAUCACGUCAGCAUAAACGAGCAAGAUGAAACGAAGAAAUCUAUUAUUGCUGUGCAAGUGAAUAUCAAGGACCUUAACAGGACUGUAAGAUAUAGCUUAGUAGAUGGAAAUUUACCAUUUACCAAAGCUAAUGAGUAUUUUAAAAUUAAUGCUAAUAGCGGUAAAAUCAAACUGCGAAAACAACUUGACUACGAGAAGAUAAAGAUGCAUAAACUGAUGGUACGAGCGACGACUGAUACCGAGAAUCAUCGUGCAACCUGUUUCGUGUACGUUCGUGUCAAUAACGUACGAAAUCAAAAACCUUGGUUUGAAAGCAGUCGAUAUGAAAUUCAAAUUGCGGAAAAUACGCCCGUACGAAAAAGAAUUCUGCAAGUUUUAGCUCGAGAUAGCAAUGCAGACACAAAAAGUGACAUCAAAUACACCAUCACUUCUUCUGAAAGAAGUUUGUUUGCUUUGAACAAGGACAGCGGCUGGAUUAAGAUAAAUCAACCCUUAGAUCGAGAAGCAAAAGCGUUCUAUGAAUUGAAGGUGAAGGCUACAAACAGUAAUGGUGAAUCAGCUGAUGCAACAGUUCGAGUCCACCUUGUCGAUGUGAACGACAGCCCCCCGAAGUUCUCUUCGCCAUCAUACCUUUUUGAAGUCAAAGAAGAUGCACUCAUUGGUCAGCCUAUUGGGAGUGUUAGCACAACUGAUCCUGACGUUAAUCCAACUAUACAUUACUUUAUACUGUCAGACACUUCCAAUGUAUCCUUCUCCAUCAACGUUAAGACUGGCCAAAUCAAUGUUUUGCGUAAAUUGUUAUUGUCGCAUUACAAGUUUACUGUAGUCGCCUACGAUGGAGUACACACGACCAAUGCAGUUGUAAGUGUCAAAACUGUGGAUGUCAAUAACAACCCGCCGUUUUGUGAGAAUUCCUACUACAAAAUAUAUGUGAGGGAAAAUCAAAAUGUAAGCACUCCACUUUUGCGCAUUAAAGCUAGCGAUGCAGAUCCUAGCGAUUCUUUAAAGUAUCUCAUCCAAGGUGACGGUGUUGGAAAAUUCCAAAUCAAUAAAACAACGGGCCUGCUAAACGCAGUCGAAUCGUUAGACCGGGAAACGAAUGACCGGCAUGAUUUUAAAGUAGCUGUAGCGGACAAAGCAGGUCAUAUUUGCACGUCUGAUGUUUUUAUAAGUGUACUAGAUGAGAACGACAAUGCGCCAGUAUUCGAACAGCAGUCGUACAGUACAACCGUUAGAGAGAAGUCAACACAAUCAAUGGUACUGACCCAGGUUUUAGCUUUCGAUCGAGACAGUUUGCACAAUCGUCAACUGAAGUACACCAUGCAGAACAACAAAGACGACAUAUUUUCAGUUGGUGCAUAUGGUAUCGUCUCUCUCUCCAAGCCGGAUCUGAUAAACCAAAAAAAUCAAGCAAAACACUCUCUAAUAGUGAAAGCCACCGACCUAGGCCAGCCCAGUCUGUCAGCCGUAACUAACUUGGAAAUUGUCGUCCUCACCAGUACAGACACUCCUCCGCAGUUUGAAGAAUUAGGAUAUCUCUUUGUGAUAAAGGAGAACUCGCCAGUUCUCACCAAUGUGGGUACUAUCGCAGUUAAGGUUGCUGAUAGCUUGAAAGACCAAACUGUCAUGAUGAAACUGCUUAAUGACCACGGUGGCAUGUUCACGUUGAAGAAUAACUUAUUGCAGCUUCAAAAGCCAUUGGAUUAUGAGCAAAAGAUAAAGUACUCGUUCAGGGUGAAAGCUUGGUUUAAGCAAAUUCCCUCUCUUUCUUCGCUGGUAAAUGUUGAAGUGGCUGUUACAGAUGCAAACGAUUUUACGCCUGUCUUUCUGGAAAAAUCUUACUUUAAACCAAUCGAUGAAAACGUCAGGCCCGGUACAUUUGUGCUACAGGCGUUUGCCACAGAUGCCGACGGUUCAAAAGAAAAUUCCCGCGUGAUCUACAGCUUGAUGAGUAAGCAUGUCGUACCGUUCGCAAUUGAUGCUGAAACAGGGGUGCUCGUCGUAAAUGGGUCGAUCGAUCAUGAAAUUCGUAAUAGUUACGAGUUUUACGUUACGGCUGAGGAUAAUGGAACGCCAAAAUUGUCGUCUAAGGUUGAAGUAACGAUUAACAUUACUGAUCUGAAUGACAAUGCACCGGUUAUCAGUGACUACAACACCAGUCUGAUCAUUCACGAGGGAAAACUACCUGGUUCUACUCUCCUUAAGUUAAGCGUAACUGAUAGAGAUUCUGCUGCGAAUGCUGCCCCGUUUUAUUGCAUGCUGUUACAUGGAGAUAGUAGCAUCUUCGAAGUUGGCACCGAGAACGGAAUUAACUGUGUAAUAAAGUCGAAGAAGUUGUUUAACAUUAAAGAAAAGUCGGAAUACGAUCUUCUUAUUCGAGUUACUGACUCUGGUACUCCGAAACGUUACAGCGAAUCUAAAGUAAAAGUGUUUGUCGUCGAAGAAAGCUACUACGCGCCUGUCAUACAAGACCCGAAAAUAUUUUUCGUCAUUGUGUCAAAACCGUACGGGGUAACAAAGAUCGGAGAUAUUCGUGUUUUUGACAAAGACCGGAACGACAUUCACCAAUACAAAAUAACGGCCGGAAACACUGAAAGUUAUUUCUCCGUACAACAAAUGACCGGCGUAAUUGAGGGUAAACCAGAGCGAGGAUCGUACUCUCUCUCAAUUGAAGUGUCUGAUGGGAAGUACUCAGACUCUAGCUUGUUUAAAAUUGUCGUCCACGAGCUGGUGCAAGAAGUAUAUGUGAAAAGUCUGCAAGUAUCGCUGACCAAUAUUGAUGCACGCACCUUUAUUCAAAAUAAAAUGAUACAAUUCGUGGAAGCUAUGGCUGCCAUUUCUGGACGCAAUAUCGAGAAUGUUUUCAUUUGGUCCAUUCAAAAUAUAGAAGCCAAGUCAGCUCGCAUUAAACGAAGCUCGACUGCAAAAACCUUACUUGCUGUCGCCGUGCAAAAUCCAUCAGAUUUGAGUUACAUGGAUCCAAAAGAGCUGAAGGACUACAUGAUAAACAGCAAAGCUCGUUUUGAUGACAUUGCUAUCAACAUUUACGUAUCUGAGGCUGAAUGUUCUGCGAAGACCUGUCCGACCUCACAGACAUGCGCCGUAACAUUGACACCUAAGGAGGAGAUCAUCUCAUUGUACACUCCAAGUGGUUACAUGUCUUUCCAGCGGGACGAAAAGUGUUACUGUAGUGACUGGAGUGAAGCUAUUGGCACAGAGUGCAUCUCAAAGGAUUUGUGUCUCCCAAACCCGUGCAAAGUAUGGGAGAAGUGUAUCCAAAGUGGCACAUCUUUUAGAUGUGAAUGUCUUGAUUUUGAUAAAUGCACCACCCCUGCCAGCAGUAGCGUGACGCUAAACGGGGCGUCCUAUGUUAGCUAUGGACUCCGCAGAGAUUUCGACGAAUUAUUCAGUUCACUCUCAAUGAGUUUUCGAACGGAAAGUAAAACAAACAUCUUAUUUUACGCUUAUGGAAGAGACUUCUUCAUUGUGGAGAUUGAACUGGGUUACCUCCAAGCACGUUUCGAUUUUGGAAGUGGAGUUGGCUCGAUAGGUAUCACAGAGAAGGAAGUGAGUGACGGAAACUGGCAUGUCGUGAAAGUGGAACGGUCGGGAAAUUACGUCGCGGUAACCUUAGAUCAAAACAUGUACAUGGCUAGUGGUCGUGCUCCUGGAAACAGUGCGAAAAUUAACAUCAAUGGUAAUUCAGUUGUGUUCGGCGCAGGUGUUUCGAAAGAUGGAACCCCCUUCUCUGGAUUUAAGGGUUGUAUGAAAGAAUUAAAAUUGAAUAAAAAAUUGCUGGCGUUCAGUGGUAGUAAUGACAUUGCGGAAACGAUUGAGACGCGAAAUGUCAAAUAUGGAUGUAAAGAUUCCGGCAAGUGUUCACUUAGCAAUUGUCCAACAUUUAGUGACUGUAUCAACACCUUCACAUCUUAUAAAUGCGUCUGUUUACCCGGCCACUUUGGUUCGACAUGCAAAUCGAAAUUGACGUGUGCCGACCGACCGUGCAAAAACAAUGGUAUCUGCACAUAUGAAGAAGUUGACGGCCAAAUUUCCUAUAAGUGCACGUGUAAGCAAGGUUUCACAGGUGCACAAUGUCAUAUCGACUUGCAGUCCUGCUCAUCAAAGCCGUGUUUAAACAAUGGCCGUUGCAUCGUCGUAAAUUCGAACACCUACAAAUGUGACUGUAAAUCAGGAUUUUCUGGGGAAAACUGUGACAUUAAUAACAAUCCAUGCUCGCCGAAUCCUUGUUAUAACGGAGGAAAAUGCAUCAAAAUGUAUAACAAUUACAAAUGCGAAUGUCCCCCUGGUAAAAAGGGCUUAAGAUGUUCCGCCGGGGAUUACUGCAGCCACGUCAAGUGUGAAAAUAAUGGAAAGUGUUACGAGCUAAGGGAUGGUUCCCGAUGUAUUUGCAAGAAAGGGUUUGGUGGAUCCAAUUGCGAACAAGAUAACAACGAAUGUUUACGCCCUGAUACCUGCAAAAACGGUGGCACUUGCAUCAAUACGUGGGGGUCACAUUACUGUAACUGCACAACUGGUAGUUCUGACGCAGACUGUGCGAAUGCUGUGCGCAAAAACAAAGAAGAACUUCCCUUGAUUUUUAUCAUUGUAGGCGUAGCAGGAGUGCUAAUUUUGAUUAUUGUUAUUGCCAUCAUGAUCUGUUGCUGCAAAAAACGCAAGCGAUCAUAUGCUACACCGAGAGAAGGGGCGCCGGAAAGGAAGUAUCCGCUUAAUCGCUACCAAAGGGAAGAUUAUGAGCUGGCAGAACUUUUUCCGCCCAACCCUCCACCUAGAGGCUUUCCUGCACCUCCCGCAUACUAUGAAGAAAAUGAUAAUGAUCAAGCAUCUGCUGCUAUGUACGACCCUUCAGUGACAUUCUCUGGUACUUCAUCCCCAAACGAUGGUAUGAUAAAGAUGAAAUUUAAUCUGGCUAGGAGGAGCGUGGAGUAUAACUCAGAUGAUGAGGAAGAGGAAGAUAUGCGAUAUCACUGGGACUACUCAGAGGUUCCUGAAGAUGUGAUAAACAGUAAAAUGUCAAGAGAAGGAAGUCGUAUCGGCCUGACAAAAAACGACCAUUAUUAUCCAGAAGGCGAAUAUGAAUAUGUUGACAUUCCUCAAAUACCAGAACGACCUGCCAGCAGACGAUCCUCUUUACCUGGCUUCUCUGAAUGUGAAAACGACAUGCCCGAGCUUCCUGCGUUGAGGUUAUCAAGGCAAUCCUUAAAAUAUGGAAACCAGUCUCCAUCUACAUUGCCUCGUCUACCUCCAGAUCUUUCUUCAAGGGAAUUCAAUAAUAGAUAUUCGUUAUUGUCUGACGAGAACGAACCGAACACUUCCUACUUUCACGACAUGCUCGAAGGGGAGACGGUGUCAGACAUUACGAACGUCACUCGUCCAUACAAAAAACCGUACGCUGGUAAUAAUUACGAAGACGAUGCGAGUGAUUUUGAUGAUCGAUUGGACGGCUUGACGGAAACGUCAUUCAACUCGGAUGAUGACUGUGCAACAGAAGCUGACCCACUGGAUCCCGAAAAUACAAGACAGCUCGAACGUGACAUCAAAAAGCUAAUCAAAGAUUUACAAAAACGUACGGAAGAAGACGAGUAA